AUGAAACGAAGAUCAAACGAUAAAGAUUAUAUUACGCUAUCGUCUUCAAUAAAUCAUAUCAACAAUGAUAAUACAAAUAACAUUUAUCAAAAACGUCUUCGCUCAUGGAAAAGAAAAUUAACUCCAAGUAAACACAAUCGUACAUGUUGUGAAUCUCCAAUUGUAAAUGAAGAAGUCGAACCAUUCUAUAGAUCGACUAUAUAUACCUAUCCGAUCAAUCUAAAAUAUGAUCAAGCAAACACUGUAUCGCACACUGUACUCUCAGAAAGUGUAACUACGGAAAGUGCCUUCUAUUCUCCAUCGAUAUCCUACACUUCUAUGAAAACGAAUGGUGAUCUCAAUAAUAAUCAGGUAACAACAUUAAACGUACAAAAUCAAAAAAGAAAAAAUAGUACAUUAUCAUGUGAAAGUCUUUCAAGUCAACUAUCACAAAUAAAAACAUUUGACAUGUUACCUGAUCCGAAUGAUGAAAAGCUAACGAAUACUAAACAGUCGUCUCUCAACAAUCUACAAUUAACACAUUAUCAGGGUCCAACAAAACGAACACGAGUGUCUACUGAUGAUGACUCAAUCAUUACAAAUCAUCGUUCAUUGAAUUCCCCAAUACUCAUCGAUGACGAUACUAUUGAUAUUAAUCAAUUAGAUGAACAAGAACCUUUAUCAUCAUCAACAAAUAAUGACCGUUUAACAAGUAAUAAUUUGAAUUCAAUGGAAACAGCUGUUAAAAUGGUACAACCAAUUGUUAACAUUAUCUUCGAUGCUUUCGAAGACCAAUUAAAAAAUGUUCAAACAAAAACAAUUGAAGCAUCUUUUCCGAAUUCUUCACCAAUAUCUUCAUUCAGAACAAUAUCACCACAUCAAAUAUAUUCUCCUAUGAUGAUGCCUUCUUAUCCUUUAAGAUCAUCUGCGCGUCCUAUUAUAUUACAUGCCGUUAAUUUUAAUAUUCAAUUAACAACGAAACAAUCAAUAAAUAACUCCACUUCAACGAAUAUAAUCUUAAAUAACAAUCAAAAUCUGCAAUCAGUUACAUUAACUGAACUGAAACAAAAACUAAUAUCAUACAUGCUGACAAAUACUUUCAUUACUAAUCAUAUUACAAAUGAUACUUAUCCGAAACAAAGACUCAAACUAAAACGUAUCGCUCAAUUAGCUGUCGUCGGUGUUAGUGUAUUAUGUGGCUAUUUGCUCUUGUAA